UUUCCUUAUUCCCACACUAUAAAAAGAGGCUGACUCCUCAGUAAAAGCCAACAGGAGAGGGAAGAGGAGACCAGGACAGCCACAGGGACCUCUGAGAAGCCCAGACACCAAAGAGAGAUGUUUAAAAUUGGGGGCCUCAUUGUCUUCUGUGGGCUGCUGGCCCUGCCCUUGCCUGUGGACCUGGCUUCGGAUCCUACAGAUCUUGCUAAAGGGUUCACGGAUGCUGUCAAGAAUAAUCUGCUUUCUGGGGACCUGUUGAACGGUCUCAAAAACAUUCCAUUGCUGGGUGCCCUGAAGAACCUGGGAAAUGGUCCUGAUGGCAUCGUUAGCGGUCUUCUUCAGCAAGUGAUCUCUUUGCUCAAUCCUCUGAAAAACAUUCUUGAUAUAAAUAUCGCUAGCUCCAAGCUACUGGAACUUGGCCUUGUGCAGAGCGAGGAUGGCCAUCGUCUCUACCUCACCAUCCCUCUGGACCUGGAUGUCGCUGUGCAAGUGCCCCUCAUUAAAAAACGUCUGCUAAACCUGUCUGUGAAGCUAAACACUACUGUGGAAUUGGCCCCUGUGAAAGAUGAAAAUGGUACGGUCCACUUGGUCCUUGGUGACUGCACUCAGCCCCCUGGCAAACUGGACAUCACCGUGCUUGAUGGAGCUGACACCUUCUUCCUUCAAACAUUUGCGAAUACCAUCACCAACAUCUUGAAUAAAGGCAUUCCACUGGUAGUGCAGGGUCCGGUGUGCACUAUAGUCAAUGAACUUUUAAGCCGCUUGGAUGUGUCCCUAGUGCAGGAGAUCGCCAACAAACUGCUCACUGGAGAAGGAAUUGUCAUCAACAUCUAAACCUUCCAGGAUGGGACUCAGCCUCUCCUGAGCUAAACCACUUCCUGCCACUCAAUCCAUUCCCUGCCCAGCUUCUGAGGACUCACAGAAUGCUGCCCAUGUCCUGAACAAAGACACAACCACUGUUUGGGGACCAGAGCAGCCUUUUCUCCAAGGAAACUGUUCCCCCCCCCUUUUCCCACCAGUCAUGUGUUACUUUCCAUAGUUGCUCAGCAAAUAAAACUGCUCUUGACUGCACAA